CAUAAUCAAGUGUAGAGCGUGUUACAUAGAAAUUUCGUUGAAAAACAGCUUCCAUUCGGAAAAUACACUCAAAAACAUACAAUACUAUCUUUAAAAAGUUUCUCUUAGUUGAGCAAGUCAACAAAUUCAUCUUCUUAAAGUAUAUUAUUGUAAAUCGAAGACACAAUGGAGAAUUUGUGUAUUGAGUCUGAUGAAAUAGAGAUUCAGCUUGCUGGCGAGAGCGAUGAAACGGAGGAUCCACUCGCAAAAGAAAAUAUCACGGAUACUGCUGCAAAUGCCGAUCCAUCGAUGAGACAGGUUUGCUCAUGGAUAAGUGAUGGUACAGCUGGAAAUAUGAGCGUUGAGGAAAUUGAAAUAGAAGAAAUCAAGAUUGAAUCUAUCGACGACUAUGAUCCUAGUUUGCAAUCACCUAGUGAGUCGCAGAUUGAAUCUGAAAAAAAGGAAGGAAAUAGUCAACCGAUAUCAAUUUCUGAAACAGCAUCGCAUAAUCGACACCAAUAUCGACGUUUACGGUGCAACUUUUGCUCCUUACUAUUCUACAGUGAGAAAACAUUGUCGAACCAUGAAAAGAAGUGUCAGCUAGUAAGUGAAGAAAUAAAUGAAGCUAGAGCUAGCGCUGUACAAGUUCGCGAGGCGAAAGGUAUCUUGGAAGAUCUACAAAAGCGAUUGCCACAGUUUACAGUCGCUAUCACUGGAAAUGAAGAUGUUGGUACUAGUAGCCGUGCAGGUGAUGGUACCGCGGUUCCACAAUCACACCAUCGUAAGUCGGGUUUUACCGUGCCGAUAGAUAUCUCGGUCACAAUCGUACCUAAGCUUGAAGCUCCUCCUACGCCACACAUAUCAAUGCAAAUUACCGAUCCAUUGAAAUUGGGCACAACGUUGGUUCAGGAGACAUCAAAUUCCAUUCAUACUGCAUCAAUACCGCCUUCAAAUUCUUCUACCGCACCGUGCAGUUCGUCCUCUGUGUUUACCACAUCUGGCGUGGAAAGUCAGGAUCAGGAAAUAGAUGCUGCUGUGCCUCUGCAGACUGCCCCAAUCGAUAUUGCUGUUAAGUUGGAACGGAUUGAAAAUACAUUAGCUUUGUUAAGGAAGGAGAAUUGUCUGUUGCGGGAGACGUUGGCAAUGUCCCAGGACCUACCGAUGGUGCAGACACAAAACGAUUCGAAUAUCUUCGAUUUUGAGCGGCUUACUACCCAAAACCAGCUGAAGGAAUUUGAAGUAAAGCUUGGUGAAGACAUCGAUUUCGCCGAUACCAUGGUUUCUCACCUUAAGUGGAAAACUGCGCACUGCAAUCCAGGAAAUCGCAUUGUGCAGUCGCUGGACUUCCUCUUUAGUCGCCAACUGUUCGCUAGCUGUACCUGGACUGGGGUAAGCAAAUCUGAUCCAAAAAUCCCAUUUUAUAAAUAUGAAAAUAUUCGCACACUGUUGCGGCGGGUUUCUGGUUCGUCGGUUGUUUUUGUAGAACAAAUCUUGCGGAGUCGGUUACGUAAUGCUGCGAAAAGAUUACGUGGAAUUCCGGGGCGAAGACCGUUUACCAAACAAACUAAAAAUUGUUAAAAAAAUU